AUGUUUCACUCCCUGGUCCGCCGCCGUGCCUUCCCUCCUCCGACCCAACUCCGUCUCGUCUCCUUCUCCACCGGCGCUUCAGCCUCCUCCUCAGGCGCCACCGCUUCUCCCGAUCCGCACUUCUUGGCCGAGUACCUCGUGGAUACAUGCGGGUUCUCCGCCGACGAUGCUUCCAAGGUCUCAAAGUCGUUCCGCCGUUUUCGGUCCACCGAGAAGCCCGACGCUGUUCUUGGAUUCUUCAGAUCUCAGGGCCUUGAUGGCGCUAAUCUCAGAAAGAUAAUAUCUUGGAAGCCAAGAUUGCUCGGCUGGGAUGUGGAGACGAACCUCGCUCCGAAGUUCAAUUUUUUGCGCGACAUGGGGUUCUCGGUGUCCGACGCAGUCAAGGUCGUUAUGCGGCACCCCGGCAUUCUUUCCCUCAACGUCCAGAACACGCUUCUCCCCAGAUUGAAGGUUUGGGAAAGUCUUUUUGGAUCCAGGGAGAUCCUUCUCAAGAAUCUCCGGAGGCGUAGCAGGUUUAUCUGCAACAACGAUAAUCUGGUGCGCCCUAACUUGAACUUCUUACGGGAUGAAUGUGGCAUUCCUGAAGAGCAGGUUUUUCUUGUCAUUAAAAGGGACCCGAGCUUCAUGGUGCAGAACCUAGAUGCCAUCCGGGCUCUAGUAAAUAGAGCUGACGAGAUUGGAAUUCCCCGAGAAUCUAGGAUGUUCCUCUGGAUCGUUUUUGCGCUGCGCAGGGUCAGCAGGGAAAAAUUUGAGGCCCGAGUCAAGAUCAUGAACAGCUUUGGUUGGUCAAACUCGGAUUACGUUGCUGUAGUGAAGAAACAUCCAACUUUGAUAUGGGUUUCCACAGAGGCAUUGCAGAGAAAGAUGGAGUUUUUAAUCAAGGAUGUUGGAAUGGCACCUUUAGACAUUGCUAAGCAUUCGACGUUUUUAGAUUUAAGUUUGGAAAAGAGGUUAAUUCCUCGAUUUCAUGUGAUGGAGAUUUUGAAAUCUGAAGGGUUAUGGACUUCACAGAUGAAGGUAUCUACGCUUUUCUCAUUGCCAGGACCAAAAUUUUUGCAGAAGUAUGUGCUCCCUUACAAAGAUAAAUUACCCAAACUGCUUGAAGUUUUGUGA